UCGCCGCACACACGCUGACUCAAAGAGAAGAGAGGAAAUGUGCUGAGCACAAACCUCUUGAGCAAACAUCAGAGCAGCUCAUUCAGUUGACAUGUGGUUUGCAUAGCUUGCGCGUGCAUACGUAUUAUAUUCCAAAAACUUUGGGUUUUUGAGGCACAUUUGAGAAGAUCAAACAUCACACAAUAUGGGAGCAUCUUCCUCUGGCUUGUUGGAUGAGGCCAAAAUCAACCACAUCAAAGGACUUGUCGACAGUACAUUUCAGAGCUUCAGUGCCUUUUACCGUCAGCAGUACCCUGUUGCCUAUUUUGGACACUUACACCAGGAGGUGGAGCCUAAGAAAGAAGGGAGGGGCCUCUUGCUCACACAAAGGCCACAACAUGCCCCAGAGGAAGUGCUCUACCAAGGGAGUGUUAAGAUCUCUGGCUGGGAUGAGCAGGGAAAGAAGAGCAGAGAGAGAUAUGUCAUCCUGAGAAGAGACUACAAAGUGGAGAUACAUGACAACAUGGAGACCUUCAACCGUGGGUGUGCAGCCAAGAUGGUCCUCCACCCAGCAGGAGGCAGGGUGUUCACCACAGAAGAAGAAUCCAGAGCCCACCUGGAGAAAACCUGUGCUGGAAUACUGAAUGGAGUGAAGGAGGACUCUUCUUCAGCGGUGUCUUCUCCAGAUGGUUACGCCGUGUAUCUGCACCUGCCUUACACAGGCCACACCUGCUUCCUGUUUCAACAAGUGGAGGAACGAGAUCACUUCCUUUCUGACCUCAAGACCUGCAUUAGACACUGCAACCUUGACCCCUGGAGCAAAUCAACCCAUGAGAACCAGACCUAUACCCGAGCUCUCCGACUCUACCGACAGGACAAGGGAUGCUAUGAAUCCUGGGAAAUGCUGUUGGGCACAGAGGAACAAGUGCUGGCCUCCCAGGUGAUGGAGGAAGUGUUACCAUGGUUACAGAGUCAGCUCCAGUCAAGGGUGAAAGGCAAGAAGACUGAAAGGAUACGACAGUGGUUGGCAACAGUGCAGGCGACCUACACCCUGGUGCUGGAACAGCUGACUGCAGGUCUACAGACGGUGAGGGAGGAGUGUCGUCAGACAGCGUUAACCAGUCAGGGGCUCAUCAGAUCCAACCUGGACCAGAUAAUGACCUCUCACUUAUUCCUGGAGCAGAAAGUCAGAGCGUGUAUAUGUGAGGAGGCAGAAAAAGUUUGUGCUGAAUCUGUAGCACCCUACUUGCCCUCCAUCCUUGAAGCACUAACAGAAAACAUAAGUGCGGGGAUUCUUGGAAUGCAGCGUACACUGCACACACAGAUGGACGCAGUCUUUUCGCACACAAAUGGAGAGACAGAGGCCACGAAGAAGGCCUUGUCUGGUCUGUGUUCCAUCAGACUAGAUCAGUACUACCAGCAGGUGGAGAAUCUGACGGAGAAACUUGGAGACUUAAAAGAGCGGUUCGGACUGAGUAGCCCCCAGAGACUGGUCCACUCUGCAAAUCUGGAGAUGGAGCAGCUGCUGGACAGUGCUGUCUACACCUUAGAGCAGUUCCUCCAGUCAUCUGCCAGACUACAGCCCUCUCUGGUUCCUGUCAAGAUGGAGAGAGCUAAAGAAAGAGUACUCAAACAGCUGGACUAUGACAGCAGGGUGGUCCAGAGGAGGCUCUAUCAGGAAGCUCUGCUAGAGAUCACUCAGCCUUCCCUCAUCAGGAGGAUGGACAGCAAAUGGAAAACUGAGCUGCAGCAGUUUGAGCAGUACAUUUUCUCCGACUACAGCAGUUUUAUUCUGGUUCAUAACGUCUACGAUGAUAUUCUGAGAAACAUCCUCAGUAAGGAGAUUGAGACAGUGCUCCAGGACGCUACCGGUACCAAGGGCAAAAAUCUCCUGCUGGACACUUCCGAUCUGGCCAUCAGUCAGUACAGUCUGCUGGGACAGACGCCUCCUCGCUCUGCACCUGAGAGCCCAGCAGUUCAUCCUCGACACUCCUCCUCAACGGCACCCAGUGACGAUACAGAAACUACUCCUGUGGUGGAAGAUAAAAGUCAAGAGGCUGAUGUUUGCCCUCCCAGUGUUACAGAACUUACUUCUGGUACUAUAUCUGAUCCCAUCACCACUCCUAUGAUUGUUGUCACACAACAGUUUGAUGGAAGUGAAAGCAAAGAGGCUCAGCACUUCAAGGAAACCAGUGAAGAAGUUCAGAUCGGAACAGACACAUCAACAAGUGCAUCAGAGUCGAAGACAGCAGGUGAAACCUCUAACACCAGCGCAACUCUGACGGAUGAAGCUAGUACAACUGAACCCUCUGAUGAUCCAGGGUCCACCACCCCAGACUCUCCUGACUCAGCCCCACCACAGCCCACCGACAUCCAACCUACAUGUAAUGAAAGAGAUCAAACUGCUACGCCUGAAAAUCCUGCUGUGUCUGAUCUCUCACCCUCAGAUCAAGUAUUAGAGGAGGCUUCUUCCAUCCAGCCUCCUUCACCAUCACACCCACCUGGUACAGAUAGUCCAGUGAAACUCAGUCUUGGGUCACUAAGUGAUGCUAUCGGUUGCAGCUCCACAGAUUCUCCUGUUAUGCAGACGAUGGCACAGCAGAACACCGACAGAGCUGUCUACUUGACGGGACAAAUUAAGGACAACUGGGAGGUGCAACGGGUAAAAGAAGAGCAACAGAAUGAGGCAACAGGGGAAGAGGGAAAUGAGAAACUCAAAGAACAGAAAAAGGAGACAGAGACAGACGAGAAAAGUGAACAGAAAGUGGAAGGUGAAGCCGAAACAGGAGCCGAGCUUGACAAUGAAAGUAGUAGGCAGAGAGAGAUCGAAGAAAGGCUGGAUCACGAAGAGACAAGCAGUCAGGUCAAGAAGGAGACCAGAACAGAAGAUGAGGACGUAUCACUGGGAAAUAGAGGUGAGACAGAAGAGGAGGAGGGGAGAGAGGAAGUGAAGAUGGAAGAAGAGAGCCCUGAAAGCCCCCAGCCAGAGGGUGCUGCCGAGCUGCCACUGGACAGUAUCGCUAUCAUCAGGGAACUUGUGACUGAGACCACUGAGGUGGAGACAAUAAUCACCCACUGUCCCGACAGCAGCACCACACCAUGAUAGAGGUCCUCCGGCCUUGUCCCCAUUACCAGAACCAGCAGUCUCUUAUUAAAUGGUACAGAGAGGAGACGAGGAGAAACAAGAGAGGAGGGUUCAUCCAGGCGUUGUUAAUGCAUCACAUAUUCAUACUUCGUCUACAUUUGCUUUUUUUUUGCUUUACUUAUUUUUUUGAAUUGUUUUAUUUUCUUUUAAGCAUGUGUUUUGAUAAAAAAGCAACUCUUUUUUUACUUAGCUGUUUACAUACAGCAUGCUGUUUGCUUACGACUGAAAUGGAUUCAAUGACCCAAUAAAGAUGUUUUAUCUUGU